AUGUUAUUUAAAUUAUUAAUUAUAUCAAAAUUAAUUUCAUUAGUAAUAUCAAUAGCACCAAUAGAAGUUAAAGGUAAUGCAUUUUGGAAUUCAGAUACUGGUGAAAGAUUUUAUAUAAGAGGUUUAGAUUAUCAAGCUUAUGAUUCUAAUCAAAUAAUAGAUGAUCCUAUAGCAGAUACUGAAAGUUGUGAAAGAGAUAUUAAAUAUUUUAAUGAUUUAGGUAUAAAUACUGUUCGAAUUUAUUCUAUUGAUAAUACAAAAAAUCAUACUGAAUGUAUGGAUAGAUUAGCUCAAGCUGGAAUUUAUGUUAUAUUAGAUGUUAAUACACCUCAUGCUUCAAUUACUAGAUCUAAUGCUAAUUGUUCUUAUAAUUCUGAUUAUUUAAGAGAAGUUUUUGCUACAAUUCAAGAAUUUGCAAUAUAUGAUAAUACUUUAGGAUUUUUUGCAGGUAAUGAAGUUAUAAAUGAUGGUCCAAGUUUAGAAGCUGCACCUUAUGUUAAAGCAGUAGUUAGAGAUAUGAAAACUUUUAUUAAAAAUAGAUCUUUUAGAACUAUUCCUGUGGGAUAUAGUGCAGCAAGUGUUGAUGAAUAUAGAUUAAGUUCUGCAUUAUAUUUUAAUUGUGGAGAUGAUGAUUUAGCAAGAAUUGAUAUGUUUGGUAUUAAUGAUUAUUCAUGGUGUGGAGAUGCAAGUAUGACUACAUCACAAUAUUCAAAUCAAAUGAAAGAUUUUGCAAAUUAUACUAUACCAGUAUUUUUUUCAGAAUUUGGUUGUAAUACAAAAAGACCAAGACCUUUUAGUGAAAUUGAAGCAAUUUAUUCUACUCAAAUGUCAUCAGUUUUUUCAGGUGGAUUAGUUUAUGAAUAUUUUGAAGAAGAAAAUAAUUAUGGAUUAGUUGAAUUAAAUAAUGGUAAUGUUACAACUAAUGAAGAUUUUGAUAAUUUAAAAAAAGAAUUAAAUAAAACUUCAAAUCCAAGUGGUGAUGGUGGUUAUAAUAAAAAUGGAACUGCAAAUAACUGUCCAGUAUCAAGUAAUUUAUGGAAUGUUACAACUGAUAUACCAGAUACUCCAGCUGGUGCAUUAGCUAUGUUAAAAGGUUUAGAAGAAGUUAAAGAUAAUCAUGGUUUUAAUGCUUAUACUCAAGAUUGUGAUGGUCAUGAUGAAACUGAUGAAAGUGAUCAAUUUUCAAGUACUAUUGGAGCUUCAAGUCGUGCUCCUGUUGCUACUUCUUCAAGUUCAAGUUCAAGUUCUUCUUCAACUCAAACUUCAACUGGUUCAACAUCAAGACAAAACGAUGGGGUUAAUAUGAAUGUUAACUAUAUUAUUAGUUUACUAGGUUUAAUUGCAGGAUUUUUUGCUUUUUAA